GAUGGCUGGCUGUGGUGAAAUUGAUCACUCAGUAAACAUGCUUCCUACAAACAGGAAAGCGAAUGAGUCCUGUGCUAAUACUGCACCUUCUCUAACUGUCCCUGAAUGUGCCAUUUGUCUGCAAACAUGUGUUCACCCAGUCAGUCUGCCUUGUAAGCAUGUUUUCUGCUAUCUGUGUGUAAAGGGAGCUUCAUGGCUUGGAAAGCGAUGUGCCCUCUGUCGACAAGAAAUUCCCGAGGAUUUCCUUGACAAGCCAACCUUAUUGUCACCAGAAGAACUCAAGGCAGCAAGUAGAGGAAAUGGUGAAUACGCGUGGUAUUAUGAAGGAAGAAACGGGUGGUGGCAGUAUGAUGAACGCACGAGUAGGGAGCUGGAAGAUGCUUUUUCCAAAGGUAAAAAGAGCACUGAAAUGUUAAUUGCCGGGUUUCUGUAUGUUGCUGAUCUUGAAAAUAUGGUUCAAUAUAGGCGAAAUGAACAUGGACGUCGCAGGAAGAUGAAGCGGGACAUAAUAGAUAUACCAAAGAAGGGAGUGGCCGGACUUAGGCUGGACUGUGAUGCUAAUACCGUAAACCUAGCAAGAGAGAGCUCUGCCGAUGGAGCGGACAGUGUAUCGGCACAGAGUGGAGCUUCGGUUCAGCCUCUAGUGUCGUCGUCUGUGAGGCCCCUGACGUCAGUAGAUGGUCAGUUAACGAGCCCUGUGACACCAUCCCCUGAUGCAAGCACUUCUCUGGAAGACUCUUUUGCUCAUUUACAACUCGGUGGAGACAGCCUGGCUGAAAGGAGUCAUAGGGGGGAAGGAGAAGAAGAUCGUGAAUUACCAUCCUCAGGCAGGGUACCGGCACCAGACACCUCCAUUGAAGAAACUGAAUCAGAUGCCAGUAGUGAUAGUGAGGAUGUGUCAGCGCUUGUUGCACAACACUCCUUGACCCAACAGAGACUUUUGGUCCCUAAUGCAAACCAGACAGUAUCUGAUCGAUCAGAUCGAUCAAUAACUGAUGGAUCACUAGCAGGGGGUGGAACAGUGAGUGCCAGUGUCAGAUCUAGAAGGCCUGAUGGACAGUGCACAGUAACUGAAGUUUAAAUAA